AUGCGUCGAAGCUCCAUCCUAGCGCUUCUAAGCGCUCUCGCACCUACAGCCGCAGAAACGUACAACGUCCCAUCAAACCCAACUGUGUCGGGCCAACCUUUCGACAGCUUCGUCAGCUACUCUAUCGAAUUCUCGUCCUCUCCAGAUUUUGCCGGCAACCACUCCCAACCCAACAAGUAUUCCUACAACCUCAUCAACAACAUCCACGCCAUAUCCAACAACUACCCCGUCUUCCGCGUCGGCGGCAACACCCAGGACUUUGCCCUCUACAACGCAUCCCAGCCCACGUCCCUCGUCGGCGUCGUUGACCCCGACAAGUCCCCCGACUACCCUACCACCAUCACCAUCGGCAAGUCCUACUUCGAGAGCUACGGGACAUGGCCGGGCGUCAGGUUCUCCCACGGCUUCAACAUGGGACUUGGCGGCAAGACUGCCCGGGGACGCGAAACUCUGGUUGAUACCGCGCCAUUGGCGUGCGAGGCCCUGCGACACGGCAACCUGUACACGUGGGAGUACGGCAACGAGCCCGACUUGUUUACGUCCGGGGCGUAUGCGCCGCGGCCCAAGGGGUGGAAGGAGACGGACAUGGUGGCCGAGUGGCUAGCCGGGACAGACGACAUCAGGAACCAAGUCAAGAAGCAGUGUCCAGAGACCCAAGUGAGGUUCAUGGCGCCGUCGAAUGCCGGCGUGAGCAACGCGCUAAGGGCAAGCAAGAUGUGGGCAGCCGGGCUGAAUAAACGCGGCGACGUCGAGAUGUUUUCCGCGCACAAGCUCUCCGUCGACAGCCACGUCGCCGAGUACAGCGCCAUCUUCGGCACGGCCAGGUCGCCGCCGCCGCUCAUCUUCGGCGAGACCAACUCGCUCUACAACCAAGGACGGCCGGGGCUCUCAAACACGUUCGGCGCCGCCCUGUGGUGCGUCGACUUCAACAUGUAUUCCGCCGCCGUGGGAUUCAAACGAGUCCACAUGCACCAGGGCACCAACUACCGCUACCAGGCCUGGCAGCCCGUCGCCACCGAUCUCGCCGCCGUCGGCACCAAGGCGCCCUACUAUGCGUCCAUAGCAGCCGCCUUCAUGACGCGCCGCGUCGCCCGCGCCCCCGUUUCCAUUUCCAAUGUCCCGCUGUCCUCGGACGUUGCUGAAUCCGCCUACGCGGCGCACUACGCCUCCCGCGGCGGAAGGAAACAUCUCGCCCGGCUGAUGGUGAUUAACAUGCACGGGUACAAUACUACCGUUGGCGGGGCGGGAUUGGAACCGCUUCCGAGCCCGCCGCGGAGGACGGUCCGGAAGUACAAGUUUCGUGUUGAAGGGGUGAGGGACGGUGUGCGUGCCAGUGUGUACAGGUUGAUGGCGAAUGGGAGCGAUGCCAUUACGGGCAUCACGUACGACGGGUGGAGCUACAAUUACGAGUUGGAUCAAGGUAGGGGCGUGAGGCUGACGAAUGUCACGGUUGGCGAGAAGACCGUCGUCGAGGGCGGGGAGGUGGUGGUUGAUGUGGCGGACUCGUCGGCCGUUGUUUUGAGUUUUGGAAAGGAUUGCUGA